CUGUGACAGAGGAACAGAAUCCAUCAAGGUUGAUGGCGGCGUCGUUCAGGUGGAUAUUGCAACUGCAUAAGGACGUUCCGAAGGGUUGGGGUUCAGCACCAACGUGUGCAUUCUCCGCUGGGCCGAACUUCAAUCUGGUCCUCUCCACCUCGCCCUCUUGCACUCACCCAACCCCAAUCGUGCAGAUGCAUAAGGGCUACUCUUCGCUUCUAUCAUUUACUGUAACAGACAUCAACACUACAGUCACUAAAUUAAUGGCUUUAGGAGCUGAAUUAGAUGGCCCUAUCAAAUAUGAGAUCCAUGGAAAGGUUGCAGCUAUGCGGUGUCUUGAUGGUCAUAUGCUGGGCCUCUAUGAGCCAGUAUAAUAGAAUCUCCACUAACAGCUUCAUGUAUUGCAAUCCAUAUAAUAGUUAAAUUGCAUUAGGAUGAUCACCAUGGCAACGUUUGAUAGAGAAGACAUGAGAAACAUCUCCUUUUUUAGGAUUCCCUUUAAUAA